AACCCUGCCUUGAGUCGUUUCUUUUCUCUAGAAGAUUUUCUGUGAGUUGCACGCGAAUAGAUUUUGCUGAACUCUACGAUUGUCUUUUUGCACUUUUAAUUUAAAUAUAUAAUCUGUGGAAGAAUAGCGCCAGUUGCAGUGCAAAAACGCAUCCCAGCAAUAGAAUAACAAAAAUAUUAACAACAUAUUUGUUUUAAUUUUGGCAAUCCGUGCGGAGUAAUAUUCUUUAAUAUAAAUUUCUUUGAAAAAUGAGAACUUCAAUUGUGGCACAAUAUGCGCUUCGUAUGAGUUUUGGACAGGUUUAAAAACAGCUUUACAACUACUCCGCAACACAACACUCACAUACUUACUCAUGGAACAGAGCACAUUUCAACCUGGUGAUAUCUGCCUGGAAUGUCAGCUGAAUGGCCUAAGCCAUAAGUUGCGUUCAUUUUAUAUUGAUAUAGAUGAACAAAUAGUUAAAUGUGAAAGUUCAACCUGUCUGUAUCCAUAUGAAAAUGAUUUUUCUGAAUCAGAAGAUGAAAAUAAGACUGAAGAAGCGCAAAUUUGCGCUGCCAAAAUAAAUUCUCUACCUGAUCUUGAUGUAAGCACUUUUGAUAAUGAAUGCGAUGAUGCAGACAGUGUACGUUUUGUAGAAGCAUUGCUUGGCAAAAGCAACAAUAACGAAGUGGUGAAAACAGAUCUGAUACAGAACACCAAGCAAUGCCUAUCUGAAAGCUUGGACCAUGCAAUCACAUUGGAGAAAAAUACAGGAAGCACUUUAACAUUGGUUGAUUCUCUGCAAAGAAAUGAUACAGUGCAAACAGAAGGUGUUAGUUUUAUUGAUGCAUUAUUUAAUAAUUGUGAAAAUGAAACAAAGGAAUUCUGUGAUUUAAACACUUUAAAAGUUGAACCAACUCUUCCAGCAACAGCACAAACCUUUGAUAUGCCUAUAAUAACUUUUGACUUUAGCAAUACUCCUGCUAUAGUCGAGCAAAUGAGCCUGACUGAAGUGAAAAAAGAAAAUAAACCACAGAUCGAAAUUCAAUGCAUACAGACAGUUAAUGCAGAUUUUGCAAGUGCUACGCAUGAAGAUAAUAUAACGUGUAUGCCAAAAGUCUCAAUAAAAUCAUUGGAAUUAAUUAAGACGGAGUAUGUUAAAGAGGAACCAGCUGUGCAACCCACACCAAAACUGCCUUCCGAGCAAAAAGACAACGCUAACUCGAAUGGUGGCGAUAACAAAGUGCGCAUUUCUCGUUAUUUUGAUACUUUGCGUUUUAAACAGGGUAUGUUACAAAAGACAUUUACUAAACCAACUGCAACUAAAGGCAAGAAGCGCACCAAUAAACAACAACAACAAAUACCUAAGGCGGAAAACACUGCUGGGAGCAGUUUGGUAAAUGUGCUGGCUGUGCUGAGGAAUAAAACACAGAACUGAAUGGGCGACAAUUUGGUGACAGCUACAGUAUACAUCGCUUUAAUGGCAGAAGAAUUAUAAAGAUUGUGAGUUGUAGUUGAGUAGGUCAGUAAAAAGUGACAAAAGUGCUGUGUAUUUGUAUCCUACUGCUUUAUGGGACGUCAACAGUUUAUCAAACAGUGAUAAAUCUCAAUAACUCAUGUGAAAUCUUAGAAGCAAGUGAAUUAUUAAAUAAUAUUAGUUCUUAUAAUAAUAUAUAAUACAAUAAGAAGUGUACCAACUAGCAAGCCAUACUUCAUUCAGAAGUUUAAAAAUAUAAGUUUUUUAUACUAUAUAUAGGCAUUUCAUUUAAUUCCCAAGUCUAAUGAAGUCCAGCUGGCACGCUUCCGUUUCGUGAUCUUUAAGACAAUUCUUUUCUUUUCUAUUUUUAAUAAUUAAUGAUAAUGAAGAAGGAGAAUGCGAAUGCGAAACGAAAAAAACUCGCUUUGACGUAGCGCGUUUUAUUUAUUUUGGUUAAUCACAAAGCAUCGCCAUCGCACUGAAACUGGAAAUCUGCAUAUUUAUUUAUAUACAAAUACAAUUAUGUUUAUACCCAUUGACGCACUUUACAUUUAAAAUAUGUCAACGUGUCAGUGUAAUAAAUGCAGUACAAGCAAAUACAAUUAUUGUAUUUAUUUAAGUGCUUUAAUUUAUCAGACGGAGCAUAUAUCAAUUAAUGUAUUUUCCCCCAAACAUCAUGUCCUUGAACUUUAAAUGUUAUACGCAUCAGACUGAAAGUCACUGCAAUCUUUUACUUUCAAAAUAGAAUUUUUGAGCGAUUUGUAACCCUCAAUAUUUUCUAAAUGACAUUUGCACACAUUUCGAAUAUUCUACAAGCCAAUAAUAAUAUGGUGCGAUUACGUUCUAUUUACGGAAUCGAUGCCACUGUAAUAGCAGUAGUUUAGUAUAUGUACUUGGAAACUGCGAAAGAUUGGAAUUUACAAUUAUGCAAAAAUAAAUAUAAACGCUUAUCAACUCAUGUGAUUGAUGCCAGCGCCAACCGUAAACGGCAAAUUAUGUACGUCACAAGCUUGUGUUUGAGAUUAUUACCAUUUUGACGCGUCGUUAAUUCAACCAGAUGAUAACCCAAAAGUUCCUUUGCUUUUGUUAAUGUUAAGUUUCAUUUUUUUUGCACUCAUUCACACCUUUUUUAUUUGUAUGAUGGUAUAUUUUACACAAUUAGUUGAUCAAUGUGGUUCAUUAUUAUUAUUUUUUUUAAAUAAAUUUUUAACUCACAAACCAGCACAUUUUUUAUUUUAUAAAAUAUUGUAUAAUUUUAUAGAUAUAGAUUACGUGAAGUUCAAAGGGUAUCAGUUAGUUGCAAGGUUCUGGAAGAGAUUGCUUUAGAAAGUGUAAAUUGUGCACUGGAAUAAAAUUGUGCAUCUGUAGACAUAUAUUUUCGUCUUCCGCAAAAUAUUUUAACUGUUUUUUUUAUAAAAAAAAAAGUGGUGAACACCAUUUUCCAUAUCAAGGUGAAUGAGCACUAUCUUCCAUAUGAAGGUGACAAAUGCGUAGAUUAGUACGUUUCUAAAGCGUUUAGAAAAUGCGCAUUUAGCGCGCAUAAUAUAUAUUUCCUUCAUGGUAUUUGCAUUCGGCUUUACUAAAAAUAGACCACUAGCCUA